AUGAGAGUCGGGCUCCCUUCCGAGGCGUCGUCUUGCCUGUGGUCAGCGCGGGGGCCGCGGGACCGGCAGGAGCGCAGGCGGAGCGGGCUGGCGCACGUGCUGCCUGACAGCCUCUACCCGGUGGAAGACCUCGCCGCCUCGUCGGUGACCAUCUUCCCCAAUGCUGAACUGGGAGCCCCCUUUGACCAGAUGAACGGAGUGGCUGGAGAUGGCAUGAUCAACAUUGACAUGACUGGAGAGAAGAGGCCCUUGGAGCUUCCAUAUCCUAGUAGCUUUGCUCCCAUCUCUGCGCCUAGAAACCAGACCUUCACUUACAUGGGCAAAUUCUCCAUUGACCCCCAGUACCCCGGUGCCAGUUGCUACCCAGAAGGCAUCAUCAAUAUUGUGAGUGCGGGCAUCUUGCAAGGGGUCACCCCUCCAGCUUCAACCACAACCUCAUCCAGCGUCACCUCUGCCUCCCCCAACCCAUUGGCCACAGGACCCCUGGGCGUGUGUACCAUGUCCCAGACCCAACCUGAAUUGGAUCAUCUCUACUCUCCUCCACCACCUCCUCCUCCGUAUACGGGCUGUACAGGAGAUCUCUACCAGGACCCUUCGGCGUUCCUGUCACCACCCACCACUUCCACCUCCUCUCUGGCCUACCAGCCACCUCCUUCCUACCCAUCCCCCAAGCCAGCCAUGGACCCAGGUCUCAUUCCUAUGAUCCCGGAGUAUCCUGGCUUUUUUCCGUCUCCGUGCCAGAGAGAUCCACACGGUGCUGCUGGCCCGGAUCGAAAGCCGUUUCCCUGCCCUCUGGACUCCCUGCGGGUCCCCCCUCCGCUCACUCCACUCUCUACCAUCCGUAAUUUUACUCUGGGGGGUCCCAGUGCUGGAGUCACGGGACCAGGGGCAAGUGGAGGCAGUGAGGGACCCCGACUGCCUGGCAGUGGCUCUGCAGCGGUAUCUACUACUCCCUAUAACCCGCAUCACCUGCCAUUGCGGCCCAUCCUGCGGCCUCGAAAGUACCCGAACAGGCCCAGCAAGACACCAGUUCACGAAAGGCCCUAUCCCUGUCCUGCAGAAGGCUGUGACAGGCGCUUCUCACGCUCGGAUGAGCUGACCCGGCAUAUCCGAAUCCACACGGGCCACAAACCCUUCCAGUGUCGGAUCUGCAUGCGAAACUUCAGCAGAAGUGACCACCUCACCACCCACAUCCGCACCCACACCGGGGAGAAGCCGUUCGCCUGUGACUAUUGUGGCCGCAAGUUUGCCAGGAGUGACGAAAGGAAGCGCCACACCAAGAUCCACCUUCGGCAGAAGGAGCGGAAGAGCAGUGCCCCCUCCUCGUCUGUGUCUGCCCAGCCUUCAGCCUCUGGUCCUGGGGGCUCACAGGCGGGAGGCAGCCUAUGCGGUAACAGCACCAUUGGAGGACCACUGGCCUGCACCUCUCGGACCAGGACACCAUGAGAUGAAGCUCCGGCGGACACACCCAGGUCCCAGAGGCCCUGCGUCCACUUGAGCUGCACAACACUAUCACCCAUCCCUGUCCCUUCCUGUGAUCCUGGGCAAAGGACCUUGAUGGAGCCCGGCCCUGCCCCUACCCCUUGCCAGACACAGGGCCCUCCUAAAAUUUAGGCCAUUUUACUCUCUUAGGGGAGUUGACUGCCACUCCAAGCAAUGGGGAGCCAAGAAGAGGGCUGGGUGAGGGCCCUUGGACUAGAAGGCUGUGGUCUGAUCCUGACUGAGAGACAUCUCAUUAGGUUUUGCUAGUCCUUCCCUUAUUUUGACCCUGGAUGCCAGAGUUGUUCUGAGACCUUUUCUACAAUAGGUUGGGAGAUGCUGAUUCCUUUGAGUGAGGACAGCAAAAAAGACUAAGGAAAACUGACAUUGCACUUUAUGGCUUGGAACUGAUUUGGGGGAAGCUGUCCAGUGAGAGGAGCCCGGUUUCGGCUUUGGCACUCCAGGGCCUAGAACAGUGAAUUGAAGGGUAUCUAGCCACCUCAACCCUUAAGCAAUAUGUACUAAAAACUCAGAGAAUGGAAGUGCAAUGACGGGAGGGACAAAGCAAUAUUGGCUCCUUUUUGUUGAAAAACAAAGGUUAUUUUUUUUCAGUGUAUAUCCAUUCAGAUUUUGUGUAUUUUUGAUGUGCACUGUUCACUCCGAGUCCUGAACCUUCGGGGGGAAAAUGUAAAGCAUUUAUGAUCUCUUGAAAUGAGUCAAAGGUUAACUUAUUUAAAGGGGGAUGUACAUAGGGUGCAUGCAGUUGUGCUGGAAGUGUCCUCUGUGCCUUGUGUGAUGUGGACAGUGUUACAGGGUCUGCAUGUAUGCAGGAGGCCUUACUAUGGAAAAAAGAAAUCAUUUCCUGGGUUGAAGUAUGGCUGUAUAUUUCUGCCUAUUAAUAUUUGGAAUUUUUUUAGAAAGUAUAUUUUUGUAUGCUCUGUU